CGAGGGGACAGAUGAACUUGGUAUACAAGGGCAUGUUGUUCGAGGCCCUCCUGGAGAAGGUGAGGGAUUCGCACCGGCUCUGCCAAAGAGGGGCGAAAUUCACAUGGAAGACGAGAGCGGUGGACUAUAUUACCGAGCGAAAACCCCUGUUCGAGCCCGUCCGAAAGAAGUGGCUGCAGCUGCCUCAGGAGGCGAGGAUGCAGGUGCGCCAACUAACUGGACACCCCGUUCCCGACGGAGCCCACCUUUUGGUACCGGUUCAACGAAUGCAGGACGGCCUACCACAAACACAGGCGAACGCCGAAAGUCAACGAUAAAGGCCGAUUCUGAACUGUCUUCUCCCCGGGUGUUCGAAUCAAUCCUCAAGCUCAUGGAGUCCUCCUCCAACAACGGCAGCGGCGAUGCGGCCAGAGAUGACGCUACCGACAGAGCACAGCAGGUCAAAGCCGAGAGGAUGGCAGUCAGGCAAGCCCACCAGGAGGCGAGGGGAAAUGUUACAGCAAUCAUGGAGUUACUCCAAGACCAGGUGCAAAGCCUGGAGGAGCGCAACGUUGAGGAUGUGGAGUGGUCGGAAAAGCACCUGGAGAGGUUGGCUGCUGAAGCCGACUGUGCGAAGAAGCAAGAUGCGCAGUACGAGGAUUUGCCGGACUUCAUGUCGUCCACGUUCCGGACUCCUGCAGGAGGCGUUGUCAUGCAAUGGUACUCUUAUGAAGAAUUUUGGGAGUGUCUGCCCAAUAUCCCCGACGCGGCGAAGAGUCUUGUGACCGGCGCGCCACCCACCUUGACGGAGCUGGUGGACUUGGCCAAAGAUAAAAAUUUCGCGGCUACCUUGAAGGAAGCAGGAGAUGGGACGAUUCCCGCCACCUGGAUUGCCAGCUUCAUCCAAAGGACUACCUAUGACGCUAAGUAG